AUGGAGUUUACAACAGUCCUGGCAGACCUCCACACAGAGGCUAACUGUCCCAUCUGUUUGAAGCACUUGGAAAACCCAGUGACCAUCAACUGUGGGCAUAACUUCUGUCUCUCCUGCAUCAGUGUGUCCUGGAAGGAUCUAGAGAAUAGUUUCCCCUGCCCUUUUUGUCACUUUCGCUGUCCAGAAAGGAAAUUCACAAACAAUUACCAGCUGGGUAAUUUGACUGAAAUUGCUAAGCUACUCCCAUUAAGAAGAAGCAAGAGAAAACGACAGGAAGGAAAGUUUAUGUGUGAGAAGCAUAAACAAGUUCUAACUUUUUUCUGUCAGAAAGACCUAGAGGUUUUAUGCCCACAGUGCAGUUUCUCCUCUAAUCACAAGCAUCACUAUAUUUGGCCCAUAGAGAAGGCCGCCCUCUAUCAUAGGAAAAAAUUGGAGUACUACAUUGACCCAUGGAAGGAGAGAGUGGAACAAAUUGAAAAACUGAUUAGUAUGCAAAGUAGAAAAUCCCUGGAAGUGAAGAAAAAGGUAGAACAUAGGAGAGAAGAAGUCAAGUCUGAAUUUGAACAAAUUGCAUUGUUUCUCCAAAAUGAGCAUGAGACUGCUCUCAGACAAUUACAAGAUGAAGGGUUGGAUAUUUCAGCAAAACUACAGGAAAACCUAAGAAAGCUUUCAGACCAUGCCUCCUCAUUAAAAUAUCUGUUGAAGGAGAUAGAGAGCAAAUAUGUAAAAUCAGAAGUGGAAUUACUAGCAAAUAUUAAGAGUAUCUAUCACAGAUAUAAAAACUCAAAAUGCCCUGAACCUUUUUCAUUCAAAUUCAAAGAUUAUGUUUACCAGCUUCCUCCACAAUAUUCUGGCUUAAACAGAAUUAUUAAGCAAUUUCAAGUAGAUGUAGUUCUAGAUCCUGAAACAGCCAAUCGCAAACUUCUUGUCUCUGAAGACAGAAAAAGUGUGCAAUAUGGAAAUAGGCAAAAACCACCUCAUAACCCCAGAAGAUUUUAUCUCUGCCCAGCUGUUUUAGGCUCAGAGGGAUAUAAUUCUGGCAGACAGUACUGGCAGGUAGAAGUGAAAGACAAGCCUGAAUGGAUUGUGGGUGUCUGUAAAGAGUCUCUUUCCAGAAGAAGGAAGAAUCAGACUAAAACAGUUGUUGUACAGGAUGGAUUAUGGGGAAUUGGGCAAUGUAGUCAGACUAAUUAUGUUGCAUUGGGCUCUAAGAAAAUUAAUCUUCUCCCAAAAGUGAUACCUAGUAAGAUUGGUAUUUUUUUGGACUCUGAAAUGGGUAAGAUUUCCUUUUACAAUAUGGAUGAUAGAGCUCUUCUCUAUACUUUUGAUGAUUAUUUUACAGAAACACUUUGGCCUUAUUUCUACACUGGAACUGACUCAAAACCUCUUAAAAUCUGUACUGUCACAGAUUCUGAAUGGUGA